ACAGCCGCUGGCUUCUAGCUCCUUAUUUGGAUCCGAUCAACUCCGUUUGCUACUUUCUUCUCCGAUCUGCGGCGCUGGUAGAUGGAUUCCCGCCCAUUGAUUCGUGGAUUGUUGGAUUCGCCAGGAGAGGCCGAAGCAGCUACUUCGGUGGCCUCUUCUGUGCUCGAAGUGGCCGCAAUCGCGCUCAAUAGAGCCUCCAGCUGGUGGAAUGGUGCGGAAACCCCCGUCCUGUUGCAGGAUUGGAUCUUCCGUACCCUUGCAGUCCUCUAUGGCAUCGUUGCCGCCGUUGCCCUUAUUCAGCUGAUCAGAAUAGAAUGUAGAGUUCCGGAUUUUGGCUGGACGACGCAAAAGGUCUUCCAUUUCUUGAACUUCUUGGUAAAUGGUGUGAGGUCGGUUGUCUUUGUCUUGAGGAGGGACGUCCAACAUAUAAGGCCAGAGGUCUUUCAACAUGUUGUUCUUGAUUUGCCCAGCCUGGCUUUUUUCACUACUUAUGCACUUCUGGUGCUGUUCUGGGCUGAGAUAUAUUAUCAGGCACGUGCAGUUUCGACUGAUAGACUAAGGCCAACUUUCUACACAAUUAAUGCAGUGCUUUACACCAUACAGAUAGCCUUCUGGCUGGUUUUUUGGUGGAAGCCCAUUCGACCUGUGAUUAUCUUAUCAAAGCUGUUUCUUGCAGGUGUCUCAUUAUUUGCAGCCCUUGGAUUUCUUCUUUAUGGAGGAAGGCUUUUCCUGAUGUUACAACACUUCCCUGUUGAAUCAAGAGGAAGGAGGAAGAAAUUACAGGAGGUUGGCUAUGUGGCAACUAUAUGUUUCCUUUGUUUUCUGGUGAGAUGCAUAAUGAUGUGCUUGAAUGCAUAUGACAAAGAUGCGGACCUUGAUGUUCUUGAUCAUCCUAUUCUGAACCUUACAUAUUACCUGCUUGUGGAAAUUGUACCCUCGUCCCUUGUCUUAUUCAUCCUAAGGAAGCUACCUCCCAAACGUGCUACUCAGCAUCAUCCCAUUCAUUAGCCAGUGUUAGUUCUGUUGAAGAAUUCAGUUCAUCUCUAGUAUCACAAAAAGACUUCCAACGAAGAGGGAGAAAAAAAAAACCUAAAAAAGGGUUCAAUGUGGGAUGGACCUUGCAGACUGAAUGCUUUAUAAGUGUAUCGCACUUGUGCGAUGGAGCCAGUAGAUAUGUAGUGCUUCUGUACAACACUCGUCGGUUUGUGAAAUUUAAUGAAUAGGUUGGGACUUUCGUGUUCAA